AUGACCCAAUUUAAUUUGUAUGCGGAAACGACGGUGCGGAGUGCUUGUGGGCAAGUGCCACAUGUCCAUCUAAUUCCCAACAGCCGCUUCACGACGCCGGGACUUUGCACUGACCAUGCAACCCUCUUCAUGGAGCAUGUUGUGGCAGUGGUGACGUCUUUGACUUUUGAAUCUACGAAUUCGCGUCCCGGUGCUUUGAUGGAGAGCACGUGCCAGCUGGCAUAUGCACAUUCACCUCAUCCUUACCGACUUCCGGGAUACGGUGCAGGCAAUGCCACGUUCAUCGAGGCGCAGAAUUCUCCUGCUCGGGUCGUUGCGCACGGAAACCACCUGUUUCGCACCGCGCUGCUGUCAUCUGGCGAGAUCCGGGUGAGGGUCUUCAAGCGGACAGGAGAGUUGGCGUACUCUACGAUGCUUCCCAAGAGCAAGUGCAGGAACAUGAACGGUUGUGAGUCACUGCAGUUCCCGCGGAUUUUCGUCAAGCAGAACCACUUGUUCGUCCUCGCAAACGGUGCUGUGAAGUGGCCCG